UACCACACUUCAGGGGUCACCAACAAUUGCGCCAGAACCAUUUUUGGAGCGGAAACACAUCCUGCAGGGACUGUUUUUCAAUUCUUUUAGGAGUGUCUGGCUGUCCUGGUUUCGGUAUGAGGCCGGAGUAGGUAAAGGCCAAUGCGACUUCUGGACUCUUGACUCAUGCCCGCAUUAAAUGACAGCCACCAUCAUGGAUUUCAAGCAGAACUCAGUACUGUCUCUUUUCAGCGCUGUUGAGCAUUCAUCACCAGCCUUAUUGCAGCCGGUCAGCCGCAAAGCUAAAGCAAGGCCACCAGCCUCAGCCCUUUCAUCGGCCCUUGAGGAAAUUAGUGCACCCUUGGUCGGGUACGCCUUCGUCCCUUCCAGUUUCAAGACAGCCGUCCCAGAAGCUGACAUCUUCCCGAGCGGCAUCGGUAUCCUAGCCAAGGGUCACCAAUUCUCCAUCUUUAAGAAAUCGCACGCCGAUGAGGCAGCCACGGUGGUCAACUACCUGGUCUCUUGCGACUGCUUCGAGAAGUUCCAGGAGGAUGCCACUCGUCUCCGGGAAAUUCUGAACGAGGGCAUCUAUCUGUACGCCAUCUCCACGGCCGUGCUGCACCGUAAGGACACCAGCAGUACCCUGUUGCCUCCGCUAUGGCAGGUCAACCCUCGGAAUUAUUUUCCGGGGCCGAUCAUCAAGCGUGCUUUCGAUCAGGCUCGCCGCGGUAAAAGUGACGCUUCUGACGGCUCGACUCCUCCCGCCUUUACCACCGGUUCCAACCGGGACCCGGAGUUCAAGCUUGCCUGGUGGAGGGAAGAUUGUGGCUUCAACGCUCACCACUAUCACUGGCACCAGUCCUAUCCAUGGCGCGGUGUCAACGGAGUAACCAAGGACCGUCAGGGGGAGCUGUUCUACUACAUGCAUCAGCAGAUGUUGGCCCGUUACGAUGCUGAGAGGCUGGCUGUAGGCCUUAUGAGGGUGGAUUCCUACUCCAACUGGCACCUUCCCAUCCCGGAAGGGUAUAACCCACAGCUGACGGACUACUACGGGGCCUACCAGUUCGCUGCGCGGCCCGCAGGGAUGAUCCUAGCCGACAAUUGGCGCGAUCCCUCGGAUCCUACGCUGAUCAUCCAACAGGGGUACCAUCGCGACCGACUUCUGGAUGCCAUCAACACUGGCAAGUUUGAAAAGACCGAUGGCCACAAAGUGGACGUCGACAUCAAUGGUCUGGGCGCGGCCAUAGAGGCUAAUGCCAGCACACCCAACCCAGACCUGUACGGUUCUGUGGGGAUCCACAACCGCGGUCACGACAUCCUGGCCGGAAUCACGGAUCCAGACUACCGCUACAAUCAGGCCGGGGGAGUUAUGGGCGACACCUCCGCUGCCAUCCGGGACCCGAUCUUCUUCCGCUGGCACAAAUUCGUCGAUGAUCUGUUCUUCCUGCAUAAGAUCAAGUUGACGCCAUACAACCAGACUGAUUUGGAAUUCCAGAAUGUUCAAGUGGACUCUGUGCAGGUGCAGGUGAACGAUCCAGCUCGGCCUGCCAACACUCUGAUCACUCGCAUGGAGGACGUUGUGGUGGACAUCGCCAAUGACAUGUUCCUGAACCCAAAUGACAAGCCUAAUACUGAAGUCAACGUAACCGUGAAACAGGUGAACCACGGUAGAUUUAAUUACAAACUGGGGGUUACCAGCAACAGCAGGACACCAUUGAAGGCAGCCAUCCGCAUCUUCAUUGCGCCCUCUCUCGACGAGCAUGGGACCCAAUAUCAGUUGGACUCCCAGCGCCGCCUUUUUAUCGAGAUGGACAAGUUUGUGACAACUCUGAAAACUGGAAGCAAUGCCAUCACUCGCAGGUCAACCCGCUCCUCCGUCAUCAAACCACGAGAGCUGACCAUUGCAGAGCUGAAGAAGAGAGGCACCGCAGCGAAGGAAGCAGACGACGGCUGCGCAUGCCGACCAGACCGCUACUGCGAGUGCGGCUGGCCCGAGCACAUGCUGGUACCCAGGGGCACAGCGGCAGGCAUGCCCUUUGACCUCUUCGUCAUGGUUACCAACUGGGCCAACGACAGCAGCACGGAUGACCUGGAUCGGGGUACCAGUUACUGCGGCGUGAAGGACAAGACCUACCCGGACAAGCGCCCCAUGGGAUUCCCCUUCGACCGCAAGAUAGACAGCGCCCUCUAUAAGCAUGUGGCCGACUUCUCCAAGGGCUUCUCUAACAUGAAGACGCUCCCGAUUAAAAUCACAUGCGUGUGAGGUGGGUCCUGAAACGCGCGUUUGAUCUGUUUAGUCUCUGGCGGAAUAUGUAAACACGAAUCUGGGAUUUAGACAAUUGUACGAGUUUGUCAGUUAUUGGAAAUAUAUCAUUUUGAAUUAUUAAGCUAAAUAGUAAACUAGUUUUUGGCGCAAUUUGAGGUUGUUUAUGUAGCCUUUUAGUUAAAUAGUUAUCAGUGAAACAAUUUACUGUUGUUGUUAUACACGAAAUCCAAGCAAAUAAUGCAUAUCGGUUAACAUCUUUUUAUCACAUUUUGGAAUUUCUUUCUGGUAAGACCGGCAAAAGUUUUGGGCCCAUUUACUUUUAUGUGCACUGGAAAAUGAUUUUAAUGGUCUGAAUUGUGUCAUUAGUUAAAUAUAAUUCCAUACUUUGUGUUAUACCUGCUGAAAUUACUAACAAAAUCUCGCAAAGAUAUGAAAGCAAAUAAUUCACGCUUCCUAUUAGCUUAAUAUUUGCAAUACUUAGACAAAAUAGGUUUAUUAUAGUCUUUAUUUUUAUGCACAUGUAUUUUCAAAUUAGAGGCAACGUCUAGACUAAAUAUCAAUAGUGUCUGUAAAACAGCUUUUUUUGGUGUGUUUUUUAAUUGGCUGUUGUAAGAUUUAGAAUAAAAAUAUUGAAAACCAAAAUAAAAAAAUCGUAAGGCAUCACAGAAUAAGUUCUCUUGAAGGUAACAAGUUUAUGGUUAGUUUCGAGAAUUUUCUUUUUACAAAGCAAGUUGGAGUCAGAAAUAAAAAGUGAAGCCGAUUUCUCACUUGCUUAUGGUACGCAAAUUUUGUAUAGUAAAACUGGUGGAGGUGAACAAGAACAAUUAUGUAAAUUAAUGUCUGAAGUGUUAUGAGAACCAUAUAGCUAGAAAGGCGGAGUCCGAACAAUUUGGCUACGGUCAGCAUUUACACGUGGGCCUAUGGAGGUGGCUGAUUCCAUGCACUUUCAUAGACGCGCGUGACACGACAGGUGUAGCGUGAAUAUCCGACUCCAUGAAAUAUGGGCUCUUUGGUAGUAUUGCGCAUGCGUAAGUAUGAUAAUUAAGAAAGUGACUGGUCACGUGCGAGGGCUUAACCAAUAAACAGGGAAUACGAGUCUGAUUUUCAUACGAGUUGGAUUUUCAUAAUUAUGACACCGGCAAUCCAUGCAAGUCCCAUAGAAUCGCGAGUUACUGCCAGUUUAACUUGGCCAAAUAAAUCGGAGCGAACUAUAAGACUUUGUUCAGCUGUUUGAAUGAGUAUUUCCUGAGGUAUGAAAAAAAUUAACAUUAGAAUGGAAAAAGGUUUUUGUUCUUCCUUUAAAUUUAUAUCGGUGUUGCUGUGAACCUUUAUUAAAAUGGCUUUUUACAUUUCUUGUUAACGAGCUUGAAACUUUGUUGUGAUAUUUAGAAGAUGGAUUGAUUGAUUUAUAUUGAUUUGUUGUGAUAUACUAACCAAGAAGCUACAUUGAAGUCUUUAUAAUGAUCCGAGAGCGUAUUAAAGCUGAGUUCGAUUGAUUCUUCUCCAAUA